AUGGUCCUUGGUGGCCCUCGGGGGGACCCCGGUUACCCAAGGAGGGUCCCGGUGUGUGCGCCCAGCGUCUGCCACCUCCCCCAGGCCCAGCCCCGCAUUCUUCUCCUCCCGCGGCAGGCCCCUCAGUCUCGGCCGCCCCCUCCCCGGGUUUGUUUAUCUCUGGAUGCAGGAUGCUUCGCCCCUCCCCUUUUCCGCGGGCCUCCCCCUCCCCAUCUUACCUCGGGUGGACAGCGCUGGGGACCAAAGCGGAGACUGGGGAGACCGCGGGAGCAAUGGGGUGUCGGUGUCAGGGGACGUGAUGGGGUAGGCGAGGGAGACAGAGAGAAGGGGACGAGGCCCAGACGCCGACGGGGGGUGGGGGCGGAGAGGGAGGGGCGCGACAGCGCAUGCGCAUGCUGCCCCCCACCGAGGGCGGGGGAGGAGAGACCAGGAGGAGGGACGGGGAGGUGCUCGCAUUCAUGGCGGGGCGGAGGCGGCGACGGGAAGAGGAGAGCCUCCGAGCAAUGGGAUAGGAAGAGAUGGCUACGGAAAGAACAUGUUAUCUCCCCACUGGAGGCCUCGUGGAACCAGCCAAGGGUCGUGGCUCCAUUGUCAUGGCGUGACCUCCCACCUGGGUUGGCUGUAGUCUGCUCUGCCUCAAAUCAUCCCAGCCUGGACCAGGCCAGGUAACAGCCUUGAAAAUCUCAUCCUUCUAAUACACAGGUCCAGUAGCUCCAUCCCCAAAAGAUUUCCAAUCUCACUCUCCCCACCACUACCCCUGGCCCUCAUCGUGGCCCAUCCUUCCAUCUUCUGCCACCUGGACUAUGGCAACAGCUUCUUACCUGCUGUCCUGUCCCCUCCCAACAUGCAGCCACAGGGACCCACGAACACCUGUCGCUUGGAAGCCUUCCUUCCCUCAGAGGGAUCUGCCUGUAGCGCUGCACUCCGACUCGAAGUCGAGGCUCUCAGCCACGACCCACAGGCCCUAUGGGAAACUGCCCCAGCAUCUCUGCACUCACCUCCUCUCACCCUUUAUCUUUUAAUUUCAUGGCUUUUAUAGCAAAUCACCCUCUUUUGUUCACUCCACCCCACCCACACCGACCUCCUUGCUCCUCCCUGCCCCAGGACCUUUGCAGUGGCUCUUAAGUGUGUGUGGUGUUUUAGUUUUUUUUUGAGAUGGAGUUUACUUCUGUUGCCCAUGCUGGAAUGUAAUGGCACAAUCUCAGCUCACCACACAACCUUUGCCUCCCAAGUUCAAAUAAUUCUCCUGCCUCAGCCUCCUAAGUAGCUGGGAUUACAGGGUAUGCGCCACCACGCCUGGCUAAUUUUUGUAUUUUUUGUAGAGACAGGAUUUCACCAUGUUACCAGGCUGGUCUCAAACUGCUGACCUCAGGUGAUCUGCCCGCCUCAGCCUUCCAGUGUUGGGAUUACAGGUGUGAGCCACCGUACCGGUCCUGCACUGGCUCUUUGUGAUGCCUGGAAUGCUCUUCCCCCAGAUCUCUGCAUGGCUCCUUCUGCCCAUUUUAGGAUCCUACCUGUUGUGUCUUUUCACCAUCUCUGCUCUAGAACUGCACCCCUUCCUCCCUUCCCUACCAUAGUUUUCUCCAUAGCAACACUGCCUCCCAGCCCUGACACCCCUGACAGGAGGCUGUCUCUCCAGGGCCUUUUCAUCCUCU